UCUAUUGACUUUAUCAACCAAAACCUCUUUAAAACAACAAAAUCAUUAAUUCAUUUCACCUCAGAAAUUGUAGUCCUGCAAGAGUUAGGUUGCUUGUUUUUCUCAUCAACAAUGGCAGAUAAUAAUCAGCAGAGAGUGUUUCCUGUUGUUCAUGAUAUUGAGGCACCACAGCCACCAACAGCUCCAUUGGUGUCUCGGGACACCUCGAGAUCCGACAGGGUAAGUCCGAUUGAGAAUCAGAAGCAACAGCAACCCCCGAUUCAACGUACCAUUCCGGUGAAGCACGCAAAACCACCCAAGAAGAGAAGAAGUUGUUGCUUCAAGUGCUUCUGCUGGAUAUUUAGUAUCCUAUUGCUUCUGAUAGUUCUAAUUGGCAUCACUGUUGGUAUCUUAUACCUUGUGUUCAGGCCAAAACUACCAGAUUACUCAAUAGACAGAUUGCAAAUCACCCAAUUCAAUCUCACCAACAAUAACAGCUUAUACGCCACGUUCGAUGUGACGAUUACUGCCACGAAUCCAAACAAGAAGAUUGGGAUAUACUAUGAGGGAGGAAGCCAUAUAAGAGUGUUAUACAUAGACACAACACUAUGUGAAGGUUCAUUACCAAAAUUCUAUCAGGGUCACAAGAACACAACUGUGCUUAAUGUGCCUUUGACUGGACAAACACAGAAUGCAACUGAUUUGUUCUCAUCAUUGCAACAGCAGCAGCAACAAACCGGUACGGUACCUUUGAAGAUUAGAGUUAAGCAGCCGGUAAGGAUUAAACUUGGUGACUUGAAGCUUUUCGAGAUUAAAUCAUAUGUUAGGUGCAAACUGGAGGUGGAUAACUUGUCUGCAAAUAAUGAUAUAAGUAUUAGAAACAGUAGUUGUAAGUUCAAAUUUAGGCUAUAAAUUCUUUUAUGUAUAUAUAUAUGUGCUAGGGGGGUUAUAUUUUUUUUUAUUUCUACUAUUUUUUCUUGCUCUCUUCUGUAUGCAGGGGAAGGCAUUGUCUUGGUUUUCUUCCCCAUAUGCUUCAUAUAUACCAUUGAUGUAUUUUUUUGAAUAAUACCCUAUGCAUGCAUAAUAUAUUUGCGGGUUUUCUUUUAGA